UCUCACCCCCCCCACCCACCACACUCCUCUAACUCGGGGGAGCGUGCACGGAUCCCGAGCGCAGAGCGCGACCUCCACCCUGCCAGAGACAACGCUCCUCAACCCGGGGACCCACACACAGGCUUCCACGCAGCGAUGGGAGACACGGCGCCCACCGACAGCAGCAACAGCAGCAGCUCAGAGGUCGUGGAGAGCGGUGCUCCGGCCGCCCCGUUCCUGGCCGGGUCCCCUUCGCCGGGGUUCCCCGUGCUCGUGGAAGGGGUCCCCAUCAACGGACCCCUGUUGGACGCGGCUGCCGGCGAGAAGUUCCUCCUGGAUGUGUUCCCCAUCAUCUUCCAGGAAGCCGUGGUGAAGGGCACAGACGUCAAUGAGAAGGUGUGUGAGUGGCGACCCCCCGCGGAGCUGCGCGCGCUGCUGGACGUGGAGCUGGGGGAGCGCGGGGAGCCCCACCAGCAGCUGCUGCAGCGCUGCCGGGACGUCAUCGCGUACAGCGUCAAGACAGUUCACCCACGCUUCUACAACCAGCUGUUCGCCGGCCUGGACUACCACGCCCUGGCUGCUCGCUGGAUUACCGAGGCCCUCAACGCCAGCGUCUACACGUACGAGGUGGCCCCCGUGGGGGUGCUGCUGGAGGAGGAGGUGCUGAGGACGUUGCGGAAGAUGGUGGGGUGGACCUCGGGAGACGGAAUCUUCUGCCCGGGAGGCUCCGUGUCGAACAUGUGCGCGAUGAACGUGGCCCGCUUCCGGCUGUGUCCGCGCGUGAAGACGGCGGGGCUGAGCGCACUCCCUCGCCUCGUGCUCUUCACCUCGGGCGAGGCUCACUACUCCAUCCAGAAAGCGGCCGCCUUCCUUGGCAUCGGCACCGACAACGUGAGGUCGGUGGCGGUGGACGACCGCGGAAAGAUGAUCCCAUCCGAGCUGGAGAGGAGAAUCGAGGAGGCGAAGGCUGAGGGUGCUGUACCCUUCAUGGUGGUGCUCACCGCCGGCACGACGGUGCUGGGCGCGUUCGACCCGAUCGGCGCCGUGGCCGACACGUGCGAGCGCCGGGGCCUGUGGCUGCACGUGGACGCGUCGUGGGGAGGGAGUGCGCUGCUCUCCCAUCGACACCGCCACCUGCUCGACGGUAUACACAGGGUGGACUCGGUGGCGUGGAACCCGCACAAGAUGCUCAUGUCCGGACUGCAGUGCUGCGCGCUGCUGCUCCGCGAUGACACCGGGCUGCUGCGGUCAUGCCACUCGGCCAGUGCCUCGUACCUCUUCCAGACGGACAAGUGCUACGACUCUGCGCACGACCCCGGCGACAAGUCGGUGCAGUGCGGCAGGAGGGACGACGCCCUCAAGCUGUGGCUCGCGUGGAAGGCGUGCGGGCGGCGCGGCCUGGAGGCGCGCGUCGACCGCGCCUUCGCGUGCGCCAGGUACCUGGCUGAUGAGAUCAAGGACAAGGAAGGAUUUGAGCUGCUGAUGGAGCCCGAGGGAACCAACGUCUGCUUCUGGUUCAUCCCGCCCAGCAUGAGGGGGCAGCCCAGGGGGCAGCUGUUCUGGCAGAAACUGGACAAGGUCGCCCCUUCCAUCAAGACACGCAUGAUGCUCGCAGGGUCCAUGAUGGUCGGCUACCAGCCCCACGGUGACCGCGUCAACUUCUUCCGCAUGAUCCUCAUCUCCCCGAGCGUGCGACGGGAGGACCUCGAUUUCUGCCUCAACGAGAUCGAACGCCUAGGCUGCGACCUCUGACCUUCGGGAUUAACCCCCCCUCCCACCCCAUCACAUCCCUAGAGCCCCCAACACCACAUCAACCCCAAUAACUCCUCCCGAGAGACGAGGCAGCGGACGACCCAACCCACCUCUCCACCUCCCCACCCCCCCACCUCACCUCCCCACCUCACCUCCCCACCUCCCAAGACGAUACUUGACAGACACGGCAAAGUUUCGGUGAGGGUUUUAAUAUUUAAUAAACUAAUUUAUGAUUGCACAUAUCGAUUAAAAUAAUUACGUGCAACUGUGUAGAGUUGAUUUCCACAGCUGCACCUAAUGACUAAUGAAGUAAUAGGGUUCUAUGUAGGAAUGGGUUGAGGGUUUUGUAUGGGAUGAGCCAAGGGUUCUGAGUCGGAUGAGUUGCGAGUGAGCUGCAGGAUGAUGCUUUGUAGAGGAUGGCACGGGGAUUCGGAUGGGAUGUACACGUGCUGCAUGGAAGCAUUUGAGGCUACUUCACGUGAUGGCUCAGUUCAGAUAUAUGUAUCGGAUACCUCGCGAAGACUGCAAUAGAGCUGGACUAUACGAGCAUCUACAACUAAAUACGGGGCUACAUUGGCAGUUGCACAUUAGCACAAAUAAAAUUUGCACCUUAUAACAUAAUAAUAAUAUCUAUAACGAGGAACAUAUAACAGGCUGAUAAUCCUUCUUUUGAGCAGAGGGAAGAGUUUAACUUUGUUGAAGUUUGGACGAUACGCUGCAGUGUCUAAAGCACUUUAAAGUCGACAAAUGACCAGAUUUGCAUUCGCAGACAUUGAAGAUGAACACCGUUGUUACUCUUUGAAGAUGUGUCGCUACUCACCGAGCCAUAUUUUAAUCUUCAUGAAAUGGCCAUGGUUGGUGAUGGAGACAUUUUUUUCCCCAAAACCCACGACAAGUAACAUUUGCCAGAAAUGUGUAAAUUGGGCCCAGUAUCUAAUGGGACACUAUUCAUUUCAACUUAAUUUAUGGUUUCUAAGGCGCUGCAAUGUAAAGUGUGAUAACCAUAAGUCAAAUCAAUUUCCCUCCUCUCUCCGAUCUAAUGAGCCACUGCUCUUAACAUCAACCUUUCACAUGUUCUCAUAUAAGACAGAUAAUGAGGAGAGCAGUGUUUUGUUUUACUUAUCAUCGUACCCGUGACACAGAUACAGCUGAUAGUUUAUGCAAAUGAAAUUCUAAUGACUUGCUGGGUGCGUAGCGCUGAUCUCACGACUGCUUCUGCGCUGCGUGAUGAUGGACUAACUCCGGCGACAAGGGACUCAGCGGGACUUGAGCCAGUGGUUUUACACCAUGUGCCACUGCAGUCAUGCUCUAUCCAGACAUGCAAGACCAGUCAAUAACAUUAAGACUGUCAUUUGUUGUAUGCUGUAUAAUUACGAGUGUUAAAAAGUCUAUUCAUGUUUUGCGUUUACUUUGUUAACUAUUAACAUGUAACUUAUUCGGUCAACUUCACAAAUCUCGAUAUAGUACUUGAGCAUCAAUGUUUACAACGUUCUUAGUAUUUUGCUUGAUUUUAAAACUAAUAUUUGUCAUAUUGUCAUUAGCCCCCAAGUAAUGCCUACAUUUACACUACACAAGUGAACAAGUGUUAGACAUUUCACGCACAGAAUGAUGUAAUUUCGAAUACAGACCACAUUUGCCGAUGCAUAACAUAGGUAUGUUUGUAACGUUCCUAAUGAAUGAUACCCUGCCUUGCAGCUGCGUGUUUUAGACAUUGUAAUUCUCAAUGUGCUGUAUGAUUAUCGUUAUUGACAAUUAAACAGUAGUGGACAAACCUAAUCAACUAAACACCCAUGCUGUCAA